UACCUAUACCAACUUUCUAUACAUAGUAUAAGUUUAUGAGUAUUUCACUUGCUGGAGAGCAGGGGAGGCUGUGUGGGCGUCUGAAUUUGUUGCACCCGUGCCGGCAGUUGGCACGACGUACAAUCCGAACGUUAAUUCCACUAAAUUGUUUAAUGGAAACAGUGAUUUACCGGAACUCUUAAUCAUUUAGUGACUACAUUUGAUUGCGAUAAACGAUUAAGAACCGAUAUAUUUGGGUGUAUUAAAAAAUAAAACCUCUUUGAGUGUAUACUUUUUGGUGUGUUUAAUUUUUUAAGUGAAAAUGUCUGUGGAAGGUAUGGAAUACGACAAUAUUGUGCAGAAUGGGCCUAAAAAAGUAACGAUGACCACAGGGCUGGAUCGAGACACGAUACGCGCCGCGUACGAUGACGUAAGAUCUGAUACGACGCCUACGGAAUGGGCCGUGUUCAAGUUUGACGGAGCGAGGAUCGUGUGCUCGGCGCGCGGCAGCGACUUCUCCGAGUUUCGUACCCAGUUUUCUGACGAUGACCGCGCUUUUGGCUACGUCAGGUUGCAAAUGGGUGAUGAAAUGUCGAAGCGCAAGAAAUUUAUGUUCGUCACUUGGGUGGGGCCAAACGUGUCAGUUAUCAAUCGAGCCAAAAUGUCCACAGAUAAAGCCAUCAUUAAAGAUAUCAUUUCCAAUUUUGCAGUGGAACUUCAACUGGAGAGUCAAGCUGAAAUAGACAUUGAUCAAUUCAAAGAAGCUCUAAACAGGGCGGGUGGUGCCAACUACGGUACUGGCAUCAGAGAUUUAUGAAUUAAAAAAAUCAUAAGAUAAAUUACCUUACCACAAAUGAAAAUUUCCGAAUUACUUAACAAUACUAUUCUCUUGCCCGUGCAUUUGUUUUAAGUGUGUGCCAAAAAUACGGACGAAACAAUGAUGACAUACAAGCUUAUCAUUAUAACAAUAUUAUUUAUUACUUACACCUUUAAUCAAGAUUAACUUACAUAGCUCUUAAAAUGUGUAAAUAUUCGGCGAGAGUUAACUUCCUAUCACGUAUUGUUAAGAUAUUUGUGUAAGGUAUUUUUUAAUUCAAGUCAAAAGUGGCAUAUUCAGAAAAUUUUUAGUAGAAUAAUCGUAAAGGAAUAAAAAUUUUUGUAAUGUUUUAUAUUUAUAUGAUAUAAAUUAAAACUUUCAUUAUAUUUUGUAAUAAUAUAUUGUGUGACAAUAUAUUUUAAAGAAUCGUAAAUAAGUAUUCUUGGCAGUACAUUAUCUGACUGAACAACUUAAGUCUUGCCCUUAUAAAAAAAUAUCGCUGCAUCUUGCCCUUAUAUUUUUUAAAUAUCUUUUGACACAUAGUGUUCAUUUAUAUAUUUAUAAAUUUCACUCUUUUUUUUCGUAUCAGUCAGUAACAAAAUAAUUACAAUUUAUUUUAUUAUGAUGGAGAUCUAUUUAUUUUUUAAUCGAUUUUAAGGAAUAUUUUUAAUCUUGGACUGAUUUUCAAAAUAGAAAAAAACUUAGUUUAAUGGCAGGGUGCAAUAUGUUCUAAGAAAAUAAGAUUACCGCCAAAAGGUUUGCUAUUGUUGCCAUGUAUAAGGCAAAUGGUGCAUUUAUUUUUUGUCUACAUUUGUAUACAAACAUUCAAAAUUUUAAUGCUUUUAUAUACAUUGAUUAGUAUUAUAUAGCCCUACAUAAUUAUUGACGACUGGUAAAUACAAUUAACCAAACAAAAUAAUAA